UCUAUUCACAAAUCAGUUAAGCAUUAUCCUCUUUCACAUUUUCCUCUUUUUCCAGAGGACAUAUCAAGAUUCACACAAAACAACAAAUCGAUCUUCCUCAAGCCUUACCAUAGAAACUAAACAAAAAUAAUGGCGAACGCGGCAUCGGGGAUGGCAGUGGAGGACAACUGCAAGCUGAAGUUCUUGGAGCUAAAGAAAAGAACACAUCGGUUCAUAAUAUUCAGGAUAGACGGGCAGCAAGUGGUGGUUGAAAAGUUAGGAAGCCCGCAGGAGACUUACGAAGACUUCAGCGCUUCCCUCCCUGCCGACGAGUGCCGCUAUGCUGUUUUCGAUUUCGAUUUUACCACCAAUGAAAAUUGCCAGAAGAGCAAAAUCUUCUUCAUAGCAUGGUCACCGGAUUCAUCUAGAGUGAGGAUGAAGAUGGUUUAUGCAAGCUCCAAGGAUAGAUUCAAGAGAGAAUUGGACGGCAUUCAGGUGGAGUUACAAGCCACUGAUCCUAGCGAGAUGAGCUUCGACAUUAUCAAAAGCCGAGCUCUCUAGAUCUUUUCGUUGUUCUCAUCAAAAAGCACAUAUAUAUAUAUAUAUAUAU